AUGGUGGCUGAGAUUAUUACUGAAAACGGUCAAUGGUUAUGGCCCGAAGCAUGGUAUGAUAUAUAUCCGGUCCUUAUAAAUGUUGAUACUCCUCAGCUUAUGUCAGAUGCGGAUGAUCGGUUGGGCUGGAAAGACUUGGAAGGUAAUCUACAGGUUUUCGGAUCCUGGGAGGUUUGGAACAACUUACGUCAGAGAAACAGUAAGGUCGAAUGGACCAAUUCGGUUUGGUUUAGCCAAUGUAUUCCCCGACAUUCAUUUCAUUUGUGGUUGGUUAUCAAGAAUAAGUUGAAGACGCAAGAUAGGAUGGCUGUUUGGGAAGCGGGUAGUGCUACUAAUUUACAGCUCAUGUGUUGUCCUUUAUGCAACUAUGAUCGCGACUCUAGAGAUCACAUUUUCUUCCAAUGCUCCUAUGCUUCAGAGGUUUGGGGAUUGGUAAGAAAUAUGGUUGACAUGGGAGGUGUAACGGAUACAUGGAAUUCGAUUAUGCAGUGGAUGGAGCUCAAUGCUAAUAAUAGAACUCUGGAUCAUAUUGUUUGCAAUAUUCUGGUGGCGGCUUCCACGUACUUUAUUUGGCAGGAAAGGAACAACCGAUUAUUUUCUCAAGGCCAGCGGAAUGCUAGUGUGCUCUCAAAGGUUAUUAUAGAUACAGUGCGUCUCAGAAUUAUGGGAUUCAAGAUUGGUAGAGACCCGAAGCAUAAGAAGAUAUUGGACAGAUGGCUGAUCUCGAAGCAGAGAAUGGAGUUUGAACCAGGCUAA